AUGAUAUUAGAUUAUUUGGCAUCAAUGACGACAAUAUCCUCAAAGGAUUGCAUUUAUCUUCCAUUUACAAUCGCAGCUUUUGCAAUCAUGCGUGUCAUGAUCACGAACCAUGUAUUGAAACCACUUUCUUUAUUAAUUGAAGAGAAGAACAGAUUCAAAUUUGUACACCGUGGUUUUGAUUGCCUUCACUACAUCACAUCUACAAUCUUAGGUACUGCAGCAUUUUCUCAGCGACCAUAUGGCCAUUGCUCAUUUUGGUUUGUUGGAUGUGCUGACUAUAUCAAAUGCACUGGUGAUACAGUUAUCUGUUCAGUCUUCGAGAAAGUUUAUUACCUUUAUUUUGCUUCAUAUUAUCUUUCAGAUGUCUUUUGGAUUUGGACAACAAAAGAUGUUGUAAUGCUUGUCAUGCAUCACAUUGUUUCAAUCACAAUGCUUGUUUCUUGCUUAUUCGUUGCUCGCCACAUGGUCGGAUUUUGUGUCAUGAUUCUUUCCGACUGGGUCGACAUUUUCUUGUACUCCGGAAAGGUUACAAACUAUCUUGGAUAUAAGAAGCUAUCAGAUCUCUUGAUGGUUUGCUUUGCAACAGCUUUCUUCUACUUCAGAAUUUUUGGCUGCUCUCUCAUCCUCAAGGCAGUCUUAACUACACAUCUUGAGCAGCCACACCAUCAAUGGCUUUGGUUUGCUGCUAAGUCCGCUUUCGUUGGCCUCUGCUGCUGCAAUUUAAUUUGGGAAUACCAAAUUAUAAUGGCAUUGAAGAGAAUUUUCUUCAACAACGACAAGAUUCAUGAUACUCGUUCCGACCGUGCUGACGGAAAAGUUCAGAAAAAUUAA